AAUGGAAGCUGCAAAUGGACUCUGCCCCUGAGGUAGAAAAAGCGAAGUACCAGUUCUUUUAUGAAAAAGCAUUGAAGAGGGAAGAGGAAGAGAAGGAGAAGGAGAGGGGUGACAAAGUAAAAGCUCAUGAAGCCGUCUUCAGUACCGUGCCCGCCUUAACUGAUGAUAAGGUGGAAGAGAAGAGUGUCUCACUCCUCAGGGCUUUAGUAGAGGUCCAGGCUGUUGAAGACCAUACAGGCCAACUCGCCAAGGUGUUUGAUGAUCUCAAGAAGUUGCGCGAGGAUAUGGCCCUGAUGGCGCAGCAGCACCGUGACCAGCUGCAACAGUUUGCUAGCUUGCAGCCGACCAAAAGUGUUCUUCCACCUGCUUACCCUGCUUCUAGUGCUGCGUCCCAGUCCGCUCUUGCCCCUCCAACCAUAUCUUCUUCUUCUUCUUCUUCUUCUUCUUUGAGUGUGGCCAACAGCCUAUCCGGAUCUGCAGGAGGUCCAGACCCCGCUAUUGCUGCUGCUGUUGCUGCAGUGGCAAGUGGCAGUGCAAGGCAUUCUGGAACUGUUGCAGCUCCGAAUUCGGACCUAGCAAUCGCUGGUCCUAGCUGCAGAUUUCCCUACGUGGACAACAAGGCGACACAUAUUAUGUCUAAGUAUGACGGAAAGGACGACAUUGAAUCUUGGAUCAGCUCUAUGCGAUCCUACUUUGAUGUGCUGGGGACACCCCCGGUUACUCAGUUGUCGGUCUUAGGGACCAAUGUGGAACCCGUCGUAAGGGGCUUCUUAGAAGUCCAAGCUGUACAGUCUGGCUAUAAAAGAAUAGAACUGAACAAAUGGCUGAAGGCUACGCCUAUAGCCGCACUCGAGGAACUCUUGAUCAAACAAUAUGUUGAUCCACAUGCUGCAGCCAAAGCUAGACUUAAGCUUGACAACCUCAAGCACAGCAAGUGGACCAACAUCAUGCAUAGUCUGCAGCAGUAUGUUAGUAAACUCUUUGCUACUCCGGAUCCGAAGAUUACUGCGCAGUCUUGCUUGGAUGUGAUAAAAGGUACGGUCCCCUCUACUGUGACACAUCGCCUAGGGAUCGGACUCAUAACGUAUACAGAUUGGCUUACUCUCAUGCGGGAUUUAGUCAAGCUGGAGGCACAAGACCUCCCGGGUGGAUCGGGUGGCGAAAAGACCACCGGCCGCAAACGGUUUUCGGGCAGCAACCGUUUUGCAGCACACGAUCUACUUGAGGUUGAUGAGGAGACCUUUGCAGAGGACCCUUCUCUUGAUGACGCUCAAGAGCAAGACUGCGAGGCAUCUUGCUCUUCAUCAGCCCAUGAGUCUGAGUAUGUAAAUGACGAUGAAUCUAUGAAUGCCUUCGAGUAAGGGACCAAGGACCACGGUGAAGAACAACACUAACACCAUUGUCCUUCCCAAGGGAACGAAGAUUCCACCCAAACC